GCAGCAGUCUACAUCAGCAUCUCUGGCAUACUCAUCUGGAUGUAUACAUGGCAUCACCGUGGCGCCCAAUGUCUCUCGCGCUAUUUUCUUUUCUUUUCCUGCAGAUAUCCUCGUCUCACGAGCAGCUGUCUGCCUUUGUGGAAGGGAGUUCAGAUGACAGACCAUCCCAAGACAUCAGACUUCAAGAAAAUGGGGUUGACAGUGAUAGUUCGGUGUUUGCGGCUGAAGCGCAUCUCAGACGAACUCUGCAGCCAUACGGAUGGCAGCUACAUGCUCCUCCACACAGGAAGUUGCUUCAGUAUGCAGGACUGUUACCGUACUCACCUCUAAGCGUGGCUUACAACGGUAAAACCUGCAUCCUCUUCAGAGCGCGCAAACUGGCCAUCCGGUACAGAAAUCACAGUUUAGUGGAUCUGACGGAGAGAACAUUUGGCCCAGAAGCACCAGUCGACACCAAAGGCUCAUUCUGCAGUAAAGAUAAAGCCAUACUUAAUCUACGUUUUGGCGAUGUGGAAGAUCUUCGAGGACUCAUCAUCAGGCUACAAAUGUCAAACACGUUCUAUGAGUCGGCAGGGCAGAACUGGUUCACUCUCGAUAAUGUUCACAUCCACUACAAUUGGACGUACGAGGCCACGUUCAAUGCAACAGAUGUGUACGCCCCCUCUACCAACUCGUAUCACUGCCAACAUGUGAGCAGUCUGCAGAAAUAUGACACGCUGCUGGUGCCCAGCGCCAACACGGACCAUGCCGCAAACUGGCACAUCACAUUCACAGACUUCCAGAUCCAGGCGUUUAACGUUCAGUCCAGUAAGUUUGCAUCGGCCAGCGACUGUGCGACCUUCUUCACUCCCGCAAUCCUGAUGGGUCUGAUUACAUCUCUGAUCCUGCUGCUGGUGCUGGCAUACGCGCUGCACAUGGUGGUCCACCUGAAGCACAUCGACCGUUACGAAGAGCACAAGACCACCGUCUACUUCCCUCGCAGCACAGAAGCCGACUGCACAGAUAAGAACAACCUCUAGGGUCCCAUCAAAGGUCACGAGAUGGACAGUUCCCCGACUGUGAGCUCUGGAACUAAAAACACUGGCAUCCAAUAGCAGACUCCCAACUGCAUGUGGGAAACAGAGCUGUUUGGGACUGACUGCACCACGGCAGUGACAUCAUUGUGGUGGGACAGUGGAAGUCCAAAUCAGGUUCCUUAUGGAGAAUACAGGCUCAGUAGAAAGGGAGGAUUUGGAGAUAUCUGCCAGUUCUCACCAAAAAUCUAGGAAUUAAACAUUCAGUGUCAGGUUUCAUGAGUGGUUUUCUGAAGGAGAUCUUCAGAUUUUGAAAUGAAAUUCAAAAUAGCACAAUAACCACUAUAUAGCAUUUGCAUUGUCUGUCUAAGCUUCUUUUGGACUGAUUGAUGCUUCUUUAAAGUCAACAUGAGACUUCCAUAAUGUGACCAUAAUAUUUCAUUCCAUAACAUUUCAUGAAACACGACGAAACUUAAUUACAUCCAUCGGGAAAUACAUGCACCGAUGAAUCGAUGACAGUAAGGCCAGGAACAUGCAUUAAGAAUAUAAAUAAGGUCAAUUUUGAUUUCAUGUUGACAUUAAAGUUAUAAACUGUGAAUAAACCAUUAUGAUGUAAUAUAGUUUUAAUUUGCCAAUUACAAUUAGUUGCGAUCAGGUGUUUAGCAAAGUAAAAAUGUAAUGCAUUUUCAAUUGGUCGAAAUUGUUGAAUUACUAAAAAGAAUACAUUUCCUCCAUUAUUAAAAGGUACGCUAUUGAACCAAACUCUAAUGAUUAAUAAAACAUAUUGAGUUAUGGUUUUUCUACAGUGUGUAAUCAGCAAAUACAAUGUAUAAUUUUUAACACUUUUUUUCCCUUAAAAGAUCUGCAAAAAAUGAGGAAUAACUUUUAUUCAUUUUAUUCACUAAUGUUCAUUUUAGAGGAUGUAUUUUUAAAAUUAUCGUGUUAUGGUAUUUUUGUGUAGAUUGUAUGUCUGGUUUUGUAACUUUUUAUUUUCUUUUUUAUUAGUCUCUUGUGUAUGCUUUGACUGUGGUAAGGACGCCAACUUCUUAUUGACAACUUGUUGAGUUUUUAAUCAACAACUAUUGAAGCAAAACAACAAUGGGAGCAACAUGACGUUUGUUGUGUAGUGAAUAUGCGGCAUGCCAGUGGCUAGAGAUAUUUCGGAUACAAAAUAAUCCGAUUUGCAUUGUACCAUGUACUGUAUAUUGGUAAUAAUCAUAAUGUGCUAAGGGGAAAUGUUAUUUUUUAUCAUGUACACAUGUAUUUGGGAAAAUAUUAAUAGCUUAACUUUGCAGGCAUUUAUGCAGAUAAAAUGGAGCAUUGUGAAAUGGGUUAUGGUGUAUUAAUGUUUGAUUAUUAUUGUCCUCUCAGUUUCUGUUGGGUUCAAUAAAACCAGCAGCACAAUACAGUUUCGAAAUUGUCUGGGUUUAUUUAGCAACAGUACGGAAAGCUAGAAUUUUGCAUAAGAUGCCGUUGAUUGGAAACGCGUUGCAUGAAAUUAGGUCGAGUCAUAUCAAAGCACAUUUAUCCAAAAAAAAAAAAAAAAUGUAUAAUGUAAUUAUACCUCCUAUUGUCUUAAGAAACUACACCCUCCUUUUGUCCUUCCGGUCAUUUUUGACCCGUAUUUAAAACCAUUCAAAAUGCAUAAUCUCUUGAUAAGUGUACAACAAAAAUCUGUCCCAAAGUGUAUAAUGAAAGGUAAAAAAUGUAUAUACUCAAUAUUAAUGGACUAAAAUAAUUUUGAUAACAUUUUAAAAAAUUAAAAUAAAAGUUUAAAAACUUGGCAAACUUUGGCCAAGGAUGUCUCAAUUUACAUUUAUUUCAAUCACUUUUGGCAUUUAUAAUAUCUUAACUUUAUUACAACCAUUUCGGAUUUUUUUUCUGCUUGUAGAAAAUCAAGUGUUAAUUUUAGUUACAAUUUUAGUACAUACAUUUCACAUAAUAUAUUUCACAUUUUGAGAAAAUUUAAAUAUUUGUAGGUCAAAUUUGAUUUACAGAUGUACAAAAAAACAAUUUAAAGCUGUAUAACAUCCAGAAAAUCAGGAUGUGAAAGGUUACAACUGUGUUUUGUUUUUUUGUUUUUUUAUGGUCUUGACAGUUACAACGUUGUGGUAUUUAUAAAGUU